UAAACGAGACAUAUGUAUGUACGUAUGUCACAUGUAUAUACAUACAUGACAACUAAAAUUACUAGUGAUAUUGUAAUAGAGAAUUAGGAAUGUUGGCAACCAAGUCAAUAGUCCCUAGAGAAAAGAGUCAUCUGAAUGAAAAUCUAAAAUCUAAAUCAUCUUUUCGUAGUACAGAAGCAGACGAUUUCUCAACGAGUUAGCAACGUGUUGGAUCGGUUUUUCUGAAGCGGGAGAAUGCACGUUGUUGGGGUCGACGGUCGUGUCGUCGGCUAUUUGUUUUGCUUUCUAAUACUCCAAGCAAAACUCACGAAUUCGCGGACUUCCUGGAGGCUCAGUGCUGAUAAAGUCAUUAAGACAACAGACUUUGUGAGUACGGUGGAAGAUGAUCCUAUUUUUGAUAUCUUGGCGACUAGCAUCAGUGUCGGUAAUGGACAAAGUUGGAGUAGAUCCGCUAUUUCUGACAAACACGAAAAAGUACAACCGUACUGUCAAGACUGCAAAAAUGUUCUCUCUGGAAAUCAUGAACGACGAUUCUCGUCAUACGUGUUGAAGGAUACUCCAAAUGCCACUGAGCCUUUUACUCUAUCAUCUCAAACAUCAGGCGAGCAAGUUAUAUGCACUUCUGGUCAGCAAUGUGAGGAUGUAAUCUUGGACUGUGGAAAACCUGUUAAUUUCACCUAUUAUGACAAUCUGCUUGGUGUUGCCAACAGAGAUAAACAUCCAUUGGUUCCUGAACCCAAUGUAGCUCUAAUGUUCAAGAAGAAUGGUGGUAAAACUAUGGAUGUUGAUAUUGAUCUAUUAGAGAAACGUUUAAUAAAAGCUAAACGAGAGAAACCAAAAUCAGUGCAACUUUAUAAUCAAAUAGGAAAUUUUUGGCGCAUAAAAGGAGAUGCACAAAGAUCAAUUGAGUGUUUUCGAAGGGCACUUGCUGUGUCACCACAUAAUGCAGAAGUUCUAUUAAAUUUGGCUAGAGUGUUAUUGGUACAACAAUAUUUAGAUGAUGCAACAUAUUUAGCAAGACGAUCCUUGGAAUUGCAACCUCCAGAUCGCAAUGCAUGGGAGCAAUACCUUACACUAGGUCAAAUAUUCAAGGCAUAUGGCCAUUACCAAGAAGCAGCUAUACAUCUAAGACAUGCCUUAGAAUUAAAACCAGAUCUCUCUGAAGCUGCUGAAGCUCUAAGAGAAGUGGAGUCACUUCCGGCUGCGAGCAUAAAUACCUACACAUUACUGAUAAUCAUAUGUCUGGUGCUUGGAGUACUAUUAGUGGUUUUAAGCAAUGUGGAAGGCGACGAAGAUUCUACUCUAGUCAAUGGACAACUUCAACGUCCAGUACAACGCCAUUUUAGUCGUGCUAUGGCCAUGCGAAGUUUAAGGCUCAACGUUGCUCGUAAUAAACGUUGUUGAUAAUUUAUCGAGAUAAAUAAUUCUUGUGAUAGAAUAAAAUUUCCAACUGCUGUUAUCAUUUAUCUAUCUACAAAGUAUUAUUUGUAAUAUGAUUUUUAAUAAUUCUUUAGCGUAUUAAUAAUAAUGCAAUUUAUUAUAACUACAAACGAAAAUAUACAAUAGAAAACAACAGCAUUUUUCAUUUACUGCAACGAGACGAACUGCGCUAUAUAUGUAUAUAUAUCUACUUACACACAAGUACGCGUGUAUUGUGAAAUCAUCUUUUUUAUACAUUAAAAACGGAAUGUAAUUUAUGGAA